AUGACUUCUGAAAAUGAAUCACAUAGUGAAGAAAAGACAAAAAAAGAUAAGAAGCAUAAAAAAAGUAAAGUAACAACUCAAAUUACUAUGUUUAAUAAAACCAUUCCUUUUGAUACAACAACAAAAAUGGGACAAAUUCUUUUAUCAACUUUAAAAAUAAACAACUUGGUAAAGGAUUCAACUGUUAAUAAAGUAACUACGAAAAAAACAGAUAUAAUUUAUACAAAAAUUACUACUACCAAAAAAUUAGUUACAAUUGAAACUAGUACAAAAACACCAAAAAUUGAAAAUAUUAUUAAUUUAACAAGUCCUGAAAUAACAAAAAAAGUUCAAUUAUUUCCAGAGAUAACUACAACAAAACCAACCAUUUAUUAUAUCUCCGAAACACCAAAUAAUAUAUUUUUAAAAACUAAAAUUAUAAAUAAUUAA